AGGAAGGAGCGGAAGGCCCGGCCCAUCGUAUGACGAAGAGCCGGCCCGGCGUCCUCCUCCGUCCUCCCCUUCUGGUUCGGCAGCGGCAGCGGCAGCACUGCGAAGGGAGAGGCACAGAGCAUCCAGCUUCCCCCAACAAAGGAAUCUCCCUCCUCCCCUUCCUCAGCAGGGUAGCCAUGUUUGGUCUUCGUGCCCGCGCAGCGGCGCAGCUCCAGCGCCCAACCCCGUCUCCCUCCUCCGCUUCCUCGGCGUCGUUCUCGCUCGCGAGGCUCGGGUGCGCCUCCCCGCUCGCCGCCCUCGCGCCUCUGGCUUCCGCACCGCCGUCGCCGUCGGCCAGGGAGACACAGCCGACCUCCCUCUCCGCCAGGUGGCCUGCCGCGCCCAUGCGUCCCUGGGGAACCCGUGGCCACCCCAGGCCGACCACGCGCGUUCUCUGCACUGCUGCCGGCAGCGUCCAAAGAGAGGGGAAAGAACUGCUAGUUCAGCAUUUGCUUGUUGGUGAAAAGGAUGUCAGGCUUCUGGUUGAUCUCGAAAAGAAUAUCAUUGCAGAAGACUUGAGUGAUUUAGCCGUGGAGCACUCCUUAUGUCCAUCCAAAGAAAAUGGUGGUAUGCUUGGGUGGGUUCGAAGGGGACAAAUGGUACCAGAAUUUGAGGAGGCAGCAUUUAGUGCUCCUUUGAACAAAGUUGUACGAUGUAAGACAAAAUUUGGAUGGCAUCUAGUGCAAGUUCUUGCUGAGAGGGAUCAAUGCGUACUGCAAGACAUUGACCCAGAAGAGCUUCACGCAAAAUUGCAAGACCCUAGUUUUCUCGAAGAAGCUCAAUUGAUUGAUGUUCGGGAGCCUGAUGAAGUGGAGAAAGCUUCACUUCCAGGCUUCAAGGUUCUACCGCUCCGCCAAUUUGGGACCUGGGGACCAGUUAUGACAGACGAGUUUAAUCCUCAAAAGGACACUUAUGUUCUGUGCCACCAUGGCAUGCGCUCAAUGCAAGUGGCUAAAUGGUUGCAGUCACAGGGUUUCAAAAAAGUUUACAAUGUUGCGGGUGGAAUUCAUGCCUAUGCGGUUAAAGCCGACUCCUCUAUCCCAACGUAUUAGAGGAUCCUCAUGGUGACACUUUAGCACGGCUGCCGGCUGGGAACUUCUCAUAUAUCUUAGGCAUUGACGUUGAUCAAUGCUUGAAUUCAGAGCUCAAUUUUAUUUCUCAUACUGUGUAUCAGAAAGUUUUGGGACUCCUAGGGAGGAAAAAUAUACAGCUAUUUUUGUUAAAAAAAGAUACUUGAGAAAUUGCUUUAUUGAACGAACCGUUUCAUCAGGAAAUUUCUGUUGUGGCA